CGUGGAUCGACGUUUAGAGCAAUGGGAAAAGCAAUGCAAUUAUAAAACAAAAUUAAUCAAAGCUUUACCUGAAGGCAAAAAAUAUAAAUAUACUCAUCAUACGGAAAGACUAAUACAUUUAGAAUUAGAAGUAUAUUGUGUAGAUUUAUCAUGUGAGUGUUGUAAACAAAAACAUAAUGAAUGGUUUAAGUCCAAAAAAAAG